CAAGAACAUGGAUCGUUCAUGUACUUAAUCGAUGUUAGUGCUAGGAGUGGCGUACCUUUUCCUGUUGUGUUGUGAUUCUUUAUUUCAUCGGUGUGAUAUUUAUCUGAAGAAAAAUAUAUACUUACCUCAAUAACCAUGGACAUCAAGAACUCCGUUUAUUUGUUGUUCUUCUUGUUCUUUUUUCUUGCCGGCACAUCAUUAUCAUUAAGUAGUCUAGCUCUGGUUCAGGUUCAACAUCGAAAACAAUAUCUUCCGAAAUUUCCAUAUUAAUCCGAUAUUACCAAAAUCAAUAGACAAUGUAGUCCCUUGAAGGUAUUCAUUUCAUACGUCGACGACCGCUCCCGGACCCGGAUCCACCUUCUUAUUUUCCUAUCGAGUUCUCAUCUCGACAAACCGCUUUGAAAAGAUGGCCGAAAAGAAGCCGCUCGUUGUUUGCGUCACCGGCGCCGCUGGCCAGAUCGGUUACGCUAUUACCCCGAUGAUCUGCAAUGGAGAUAUGUUCGGUAAUUUUAGAUAUGCUUAGCUCCUGUUGAUGUAGUUAAAUCCUAAUUUUGUUUAAUGAUCUGCUGCUCCUGGAGCUGGAUGAAACAAGACAAAUAAUUUAUAAUACGAGUAGAACAAAGACUAAGAAAGAAGCGGAGUUCUGAUUCGGCACGCAGAGGAGACGAGAUACUUGAUCAUUUCUCCGACCCAACGAACUAGACCAGGUAAAGACCAGCCGAUCAUCCUGCAUCUGUUGGAUUUGCCAUUUUGCAUGGAGAGCCUUGGUGGCGUAGUAAUGGAGAUCGAGGAUGGAAACUAUCCUUAUGAGAUCAAUCGGAUAUUACAAGACAAGUAGCUUACUUUUUCACGAGCUCCAGCUCCACAAUCUCUUAUUUUCAAUCAAUCUGUAGUUGUAAUUCAAAUAAUGCUGGUUCUGCUAAUUGUUCGUCAAACAUGAAAAUCCGAGGUUUGGGUUUGCAAAAUACAAGUGAAAGUGUCGUCUAAUCCUGACUCGUCUACGGAGUUGUCGCAACGUCUGAUGUUGGCAAAGCUUUCUCUGGUGCUGACUGCGCAGUGCUUUUGGGCGCUUUUCCGAGAAAACAGGGUAAGUAAGAAAAAUUGUAUCUUUUCACUGCACGUGUAAUUAUGGCUAGAAGCAUCUUCCAGGUCUUCCUCAAUUCGUUGUACUUACACUUCAUGCUCUACCUAGUGUUGAUCUACUUUUUUCUUGAGUCAUUACUAGGAUCUUAAUGACCAGACGCCCUUACUGCAAGGUAUGGAGCGCAAAGAGCUGAUGGAGAAAAAUAUUGGAAUUUUUAAGGCCAUGGGUGAAGCCGUCGAGAAGAACGCAUCUCCGAAUAUCAAAGUUCUCGUCGUCGGAAACCCCGCCAACACGAACGCCCUCAUUAUGAGCAACUACGCACCCAAGGCACUUGAUUCUUUUUUUGGAUUCUCUCCUCGAAACUUAAUUCAAUACUAGCCCGGGGAAGUAGGGCAUCUAUUACGCGUGUAAGUAAGGGGAAUGCUUAAGGGGAGAGAGAAAGAGCAGUCCUCGAGUGCAGUUGAAGCCGUAGCUUAUGUUGCUUGUUGAGUGAAAACAAGUAUGUUGUCGAUGCUGCUUUAGCAUUGUUCAGGCUUCAGAUUUCCCUCCUCCGUAAACACCCUGCACUCACCUACAACCGUCGUGCUAUGAGAUAUACCAGCACUACGUACUACAAAGUCAAUACUUCUACACCAGGUUCCCAAGGCAAAUUUCACGGCAAUGACGCGACUUGACCACCACCGUGCACUCGGGCAGAUUGCGUUGAAGGUUGGAUGCAGCGUAAAGGAUGUUCAGAAUGUCAUUAUCUGGGGAAACCAUAGUUCCACACAAUACCCGGACGUGAACCACGCGACAGUUCAAUUAAGGCUGUAGCUGAUCCAUCGCUAUAGAGAUUCCUCAACAGUGUAGGUACAUUCCAAUACAAGGGAGAUAAUUAGUGGGAUAUUCUUUUUCUUGCGGGAUCCCUACGGGGAUGAAAAGGGGAAAGCUCGAAUCCAAGGAAAGCCAGUGCGUCAAGCCCUCGCCAACGACGCCUAUCUCAACGGCGAAUUCAUCGAGACUAUUCAGAAACGUGGAGCGGCCAUUAUCAACGCGCGUAUCCUUUUCUUGAGCAUGUUUUUGUAGAACUAGUAGUCUAGAGUUCUUGUUGAAUAGCGGGCCUUCGACUUACAACAUCAACUUUUGGUGAUACAUGAUUGCUUGGAUCUUAUAGAACAUAAUCCACUACUAGUACAGUAACAGUUACAUCGUUCAUCUUCAUCUUGCUCGCCCUCGCUCUCUGUACUACAGGUAAAGCGUCUUCCGCUCUGUCGGCAGCUCGUGCUGCAGUAACGCAUAUGCGAUCCUGGUUCUGCGGCACCGCACCAGGGGAAUAUGUGUCAAUGGGCGUGCUCUCCGAUAGCAAUAGCUACGGCGUGAAGCGAGGCACUUUUUCUUCAGAUGACAUAGACAUAUGUUUCAUCAUGAUUUCACUCCACUUUUCAUAAGGUGACACCAUUGCAUCGGGCUCGGGAAUUGUCUUGUUCCACGACAAAAACUUCGACCUCGUAAGAACUUGCCUUGCCCUAAUACUCGUUGGAACCAUCAACUAUCCACCUUCACCAACAACUUCAUCUACCAGGUCUGAUGUAUUCCUUCCCUUGCUCUUGCAAGGACGGGCAGUGGUCUAUCGUUGAUGGACUCAAGUGUGACCAGUUCUCUCAGGCAAAGAUGAAGGUUACAGAGGACGAGUUACAGGAGGAGAAGGAUUUGGCCUUCUCGCUCUUGUAAAGGACCUCUCAUAUUACGCAUUCCGCGAGCAUCAUAUUUUCCGUGUUUUUACAAAUCAUGUUGCAGCCAGGGUAUGCAGCACCUGGUCGACGAUGAAGUAGACUAGUCUGAAUUUGCGUUAUUAGUCCAACGAGAAGAUUGUUUGUGCAUACCGCUCCUAUGAGCGUCCACCAGGGAUUGGGAUAGAUUAAGUGUAACUAAACUAAAGAGGUAGAUCAAGGGGACGAGGACCGCAUCCUGCACAGUUCUAUCAUUGCAACUCUACAACUACUUUUCAUGCGAACUACGGUUGAUAUGUAAUGAAAUGUUUUUCAGUCCAAGUAGUUCAAGUUUAAAAAUUCAUUUUUUCUGAACGUUAGUACGCUCGUGUGCCUCCGCCUCGUUUUCCUAUCACAACCACGACCAAAACGUUUGUUCCUCGACACGUUUAUAAACGGGUCAGCAAACACAAGGGGAGCAGCUUCUCACUUUAAUUCAAAUCCGCUGAACACGAUCAGAAUCUUGAUUUCCAUGAUUAACGAUUCAGUCUUCCUCACCAACGCCACUGCAAGAAGAUGACGUCAUUCAUCUGAGCCUACUAGAUUGUUUGCAGCUCAUUAUUAAGUAUUCGUUGUCCUGAAUAACGGAAGUGUGCCUGAUCCCGGUGACAGAUUCGUUGGAUCCCGCAUGCUCUGGGUCACUCUUGCAAUAUUGUCUCACCACAAAUUGUUCCUCGUGUAAUCAUACAAUUUCGCCGCGCGAAUACAUUCAAUCUGAAGUUACCGACAUUUUUGGCGUGGGGCGGCAGCCAUGAAGAACGUUGGAAGUAGAUGUGGUCUCCGGUGCAAGACCGAC